CCACCACCACCACCCAACCACCGUAGGAAAGCAGUAGGACUUGGUCGGGGCAGUGGCUGAACGAGCCGUCGUCAUUCAAUUGUCGCAUCCAUCGCAGCGAUUUUUCCCUUGCCCCCGUGUCGCUUUCUCGAGACUGAACAAGCCGCAGUUGCGUGUGACCAGGGCCAGGUUUCAGAGGGCCCUCUGUGGCACCAGGUCUGGUGGUUUCAGGACGGAAUUGUGACCAGAUCCAGGUGCGCAUAGUGGGGGGCAUCGGGGACCGCGUUCGUUUCGAGGUUAUCCUGCGGACCAUCUUGGGACAACGUGUUGGGACGAGGGUCUUCCAUCUUCAGUAAAAGAUUCGGGUUGUUUUGACCGACGUGAUCGCGGCACAAGGAAGGUUUGCAUCACGGCCACGUCCAGGUGGAGUUGGUUAGUGCGGCGGUGUGGACAAGGUUCCGGAUCUUCGGCGCUGCCGCGUGGUCGUCGUCCACAUCGAGGGGAGGCGGGUGGUGGGUUCGGAUAUCGGUGACCACGUCGGAAGGGAGGUGUCCCGUGGCCCCGCGCACUGAUUGUGCUCCGUGGACUUGCGUGCGUUCCAGGGAGGCCGAUUCUGCCUAAGCUCAUGUUGUCGGCGAUCAAGGGCAAAUGGUCUCCGGAAUGGCAAUUUUCAGGCAGGAGAGCGUGGAGGAUUAUUAUGAGAUCGGAGAAGAGCUGGGGAGCGGGCACUUUGCGGUGGUGAAGCGGUGCCGCGAGAAGACAUCGGGCGAGGAGUUCGCAGCCAAGCUGAUCCGGAAGAGCCGCUCGGCGCGCUCAAGUCGGCGUGGCGUGGUGCGCGAGGACAUCGAGCGCGAGGUGAACGUGCUGCGGGGCCUGCGACACCCCAACGUCAUCGCCCUGCACGACGUCUUCGAGAGCAAGGCCGACGUCAUCCUCAUCCUGGAGCUGGUGUCGGGCGGCGAGCUGUUUGACUUCCUGGCGAAGAAGGACGCCCUUAGUGAGGAGGAGGCCACCGAGUUCAUCAAGCAAAUCCUGGAUGGCGUGCACUACCUGCACUCUAAGCACAUCGCGCACUUUGACCUUAAGCCAGAGAACAUCAUGCUGCUCGAGUGCAAUCAGCGAAAUCCACGUAUCAAGCUCAUCGACUUCGGUCUGGCGCACAUUAUCGAAGAGGGGAUCGAGUUCCGCAACAUCUUCGGCACGCCCGAGUUCGUGGCUCCCGAGGUAGUGAACUACGAACCACUGGGGUUGGAAGCGGACAUGUGGAGUAUUGGAGUCAUCACGUAUAUAUUGCUGAGCGGCGCCUCUCCCUUCCUGGGCGAUAGCAAACAAGAGACGCUCACCAACAUCACCGGGGUCAAGUACGAGUUUGACGAGGAGUACUUUGAUCAGACGAGCCAGCUGGCCAUGGAUUUCAUCCUCAGGUUGCUCGUCAAGGACCCCAAGAAGCGGAUGACGGUGAAGGACUGCCUAUCUCACCCGUGGAUCAAGCCCAAGGACACGACGCAAGCCCUGAGCAGGAAGGCUUCGGUUGUCAACAUGGAGAAGUUCAAGAAGUUUAAUGCCCGGCGGAAGUGGAAGCAAUCGGUGCGACUCAUCUCCCUCUGCAACCGCUUAUCUCGCUCCUUCCUGUCACGGAGUAACCUCAACAUCAACAAGAGCACGGACACGCUGGACGAGGAGGACUCGUUUGUCGUCAAGGCGAUCGUGCACGCCAUCAACGACGACAACCUGCCGGGCCUGCGCCACCUGCUCGAGUCGCUCAAGGGCUACGACCUGAAUCAGCCCAACAAGCAUGGGGAACCACCGCUGCUUAUUGCCGCGGCCUGUGGAAACAACCAAAUCUUGGAGUUUCUGAUGUCCCGGGGCGCCAGAGUCGACGUUCAUGACAAGCACGGAGCCAACGCGGUUUACUGGGCAGCAAGGCAAGGCCACCUGCAUACCAUCCAGUUCCUCAAGGAUAAGAACUGUUCUCUUGACAAUCGAGACAAGUCCGAGGAGACCCCCCUUCACGUGGCCGCACGCUACGGCUUCGUGGACGUCGUGCAGCAGCUGUGCAAGGCCGGCGCCAACCCCAACCCCACUGACAAGGAGCUGGAGACGCCGCUGCACUGCGCCGCUUGGCACGGGCACACGCCGGUGGCGCAGGCCCUGUGUCGCGCCGGCUGUGCCCUCAACAUGCAGAACCGCGACGGUGAGACCCCGCUGCUGAGUGCGGCGGCGCGAGGCCACCGUGACAUCGUGCAGUGCCUGGUGGAGCACGGGUCCCAGCUGCAGCUCACAGACAAGAAUGGCUGGACGGCGCUGCACUUUGCCGUGCGGCGGCGGCAGGCGGACAUCGUGGGGUACCUGCUGACGCGCGGCGGGCGCUGGGCUGACGUCGGGGACCAACACGGCGAGACGCCGCUGCACCUGGCCAGCAAAGACGGUUCCCUGCCCACUGUGCGGGCCCUCUGCCUCGCAUCCUACAGCCCCGACGUACCCAACAAGCAUGGGUGCACGCCCCUGCACCUGGCGGCCCACCACGGUCACCUGGAGGUGGUGCGGCAGCUGUGCGUGGUCGGUGCCAGCCUGGAGGUGCUCAGCAAUGAAGGGCUCACUGCAGAGGAGCUGGCGAAGACGGAGGGACAUACGGAGGUGGUGCGGCUCCUCUCGCGUCUCCGCAAGGAGGGACAGCGGGCGCAGUACGGGCAGCAGCUGCGCGCCACGCAGACGCCACAGCCGCGGAUCAAACUCAAGUUCUUUGGCUAUGCGGGCAGCGGCAAGAGCACGCUCAUCGAGUCACUCAAGUGUGGCCUCCUGCGGGGGCUGUUCAGGCGGCGGCGGCCUCGACUUGCGUCUGCUGGCUCCUCCAUCUCGUCACGCUUCCCCGCCGUGCUCUCCACACACAAGACACCUAGCUCAUCAAGCAUCGCCAACCUGUACGCGGGCUGCGAGAACGUGAGCGUGAAGAGUCGCAGCAUGAUGUUCGAGCCCAGCAUGUCCAAGGGCAUGCUGGGAGCCCUGGUGUCGCCGUCGCAGACCUCCAGCUUCCCGUUCGACGAGCAGUCGACGCGCGCCAUUGAAGUGCAGAACGGCAACGUCAACGGCGUGGGCGACUUGAGCUUGUGGGAGUUCUCCGGAAACCCCGUCUACUUCUGCAGCUACGACCACUUUGCGGGCGAUGACACCACGAGUGUGCACGUGGUGAUCGUGAACCUUGAGACGUCCUACGAGACGCAGCUCAGCCAUCUCGUCUUCUGGCUCAACUUCCUCAAGUCCCUGAGGCCGCUGCAAGAGUCCAUCGCGUAUUGUGGGCGCCCCCACACACCACUCAAGGUGGUGCUUGUGGGCACGCACGCCGACCUGGUGAACUGCCCGCGGAGUAACACGGGCGAGUUCGCCUAUGGCUCUGGGGUCCAUCUGAUCAAGGAAGUGCGCAACAGGUUUGGCUAUGACCUGGACAUCUCAGACCGCCUGUUUGUGCUGGACGCCACAGCCGCACAGUCCAAGGAUAUGAAGUUACUAAGAAAUCACCUGCUGGAUUUAAAGAACCAGAUCACUGCUGUGUGCCCCAGCAUGCCAGUGUUCUGCGACAAGAUUCUGUCGGCGCUGCCCACAUGGCGCAAGGCAUGCGGCUCCGUGCAGCUCACUUCGUGGCAGAGCUUCGUGGCCGACGUGCGCGACCAGAUCAACCCCCUUGCAAGCGAAGACGGUGUCCGUGCGGCCGCACAGCAGCUGCACAGCAUGGGCGAGAUCCACGUAUUUCAGAGCGAGACGGUGCAGGACGUGGUGCUGCUGGACCCACGCUGGUUCGGCUCGGCCGUCCUCGGCCGUCUCCUCUCGCCGAGCGACGGCUCGGGGCCCGGUGGAGGCGGCGGAGGGGGCGGUGGCGGCACCGGGAGCCUGGCCGGGCGCGCCCUGCACCACUACCGCGGGCGCUACGCCACAGACGAGCUGCAGGCCUUGCUGGGCGAAGCGGAGGCUGAGACGGACGAGCUACUGCAGCUUCUGGAGGCCAUGGACGUCUGCGCACGCGAUCCCGACUCGGGCAUCGCCGGCAUGGUCACCAUCCCCGCGCUCAUCGUGCAGGCGUCGGACAGCCUGCACCGGCGCUGGGAGGAUGAGCACGAAAGCGCCGUCUUUGGCGGCGUGCGCAUCCAGGCGUCGGAGCACACCGCCCCCUUCCCCGCCGGCCUCUUUCACAAACUGCAGACUGGCCUCUGCCGCUGCUUCCCACAAGCCUCCUCCCCAAAGAGCGGUGGCGGUGACGGCAAGAGGGCGGUUGCAUCCAACGGCGGCGCUGUACCCCCCAACUCGGAACCCGAGGCCGAGCUGCGGCUGUGGGCCGGCGGGGCCCGCAUCACGGGAAGGUCGGCCGAGGCCAUCGUCUUCCUGGCCGUCAACGGGCAGGCGGUGGAGAUCCGAGUGCGCGGUUCGGAGUCGAACCGCGCCAGUUGCUACGAGCUCCUGGAGGGCGUGUGCAGCACGGCCGAGAGCCUCAUCGCGGGCACGCUGCCAGGCCUGUCCAUUACGCGCCACUACCUGAGCCCCCAGCAACUGAAAGAGCGCGUGGAGCCCGUCAUGGCGUACCAGCCACGCGACUUCCACCGUGCGCGGUCUCAGGGCGAGCCGUGGCUCAGCAACCCGUUUGGCGAGUACCGCGAGGAUUUCCCCAGCCUGCUGUGCUUCGGCUGCCCCAAGCUGUACGCGCGCGGCAGCUUUGGCCUCGACCAGCCCGUGUCGGAGCUCAACCCGCACGCCCGACGGCGCCUCGCCCGGCUGCUGGACCCGCAAGACCCAAUGGGCAAGGACUGGUGCCUGUUGGCGAUGAAACUGGGGCUCGAUGAGCUGCUGCCCACGUUGGAGUCGCGCGAUGGGAAGAGCGCCACUGAGAGCCCCACGGACCGCGUGCUGCGGCACUGGGUGAGUGCCGAGCGAGCGGCCGCAACAGCGGCCGCGGCGGCGGCGGCGACGUCGAAUGGGAACCACGACUCUUCUCCGCCGCCAACGACCACAACGCAACAACCGCUGCCCCAGGCGGGGGCCGGGGUGGCCACGGUGGGCACCCUCGUGAGUAAACUGCGUGACCUGGGGCGGCGCGACGCCGCCGACCUCCUCGUAAGGCUCACGGCCGUGUUCCGCAUAAACCCCGACGGCACCGUGACCGGACAGGACUCUCCUGCUGCCUCCAGCAACACCGGCACCUCCUACAACUCUCUGUACUCAUCCCUCUCCAGAUGACCGGACAGAUCGCUCACUUGGGCGGAACGCUGUUUUCAUUCUUCCCAUCACACGCGGGGGGGGGGGGGGGUCCAAGCAUUUUUGCCUGCAAUACUCUUUGUAUGAGGAAGCGACGCAGCUGUGGACGAUGCUCACGAGUGAAGCAGGACGUUUUUUUGUGCAUGCAUUUGCCAUUUGACUGUGUGCAGAUGGUUAUUAAGUGUAGUAAAACAUCAUAAUCAAAUGGGUAAGGGGCUGCUUUGUUGUGUUUAAAAGUGGCUCCAUGGUGCUCUUGGCAACGGCCAGGGAAGUAAUUGCAUUAACUUGGCUGCUCACCCUGACAUGUUCCUUUAGCAGGAGCUUCAUAUUGGGUCAUUCAUAGUCAAGAUACGGCAUUUAUAAACAGCCAAUGAGUCGUGUUAGAGUAAACACUCAUACUCUUGUUUCCUACAAGUUAUCCAAAAGUAAUAUUGCAUUGUGUCCAAUUAAUACUUUUAUAUGUGUAUACUUUUUUACCCUUCUCCAACUGGCUGCCUAAAGCAUUUAUAGUGAACUGCUUUGGACUAAUAACACUGCUUGUGUAUACACAGUACAUAUGAAUAUGCACCAUUUUUAGCUUUUCACAAAACAAUACUUUAGGUCUAUUUAAUGCUGUUUUAAUCCGUAAAGCCACAGUGGAUAGGUGCACACUUGGCUUGCAUUAAUGUUAUCAAGUGUUCUGCAAAAAAGGUUUUCCUAGAGGGUGUCCAGGCCUCGUGUGUCGUGCGCACGACACCUGUCCAAAGGCUACUCAUGGCCGCCUCACUCUCCUGCUCCGCCCGUCACCCACAGCAGGGGCGUCACGUUGUCGCCGCACAUCUCGCGAUCAACUGAAGCGCCCCAUCGCAAUAGAGGAGAUGGAGUGGUGGAGAGCGGCACGCACCGAUGAAUCGGUUGGGUCGUGCACGCGGUCGUGUCGCUGGGCACGGCGGUGAUGGUCAUGCUCUACCUGUAAAGCCAUAGCUCUGUUCUCGGCGGAGUUACAGACACUUUCGUUUUAAGAAAAGUGCUCCUUGUGGACCACCGGCGUGGCUCUAAUUUAUUAACGGGUCGCAGGGUAACCCCCGUGCCCUCUCGUUGCCGAUGAGUUUGUAAUGCUUGUUUUCUCUUCCCCCGUUUUCAUAAAAAUCUAUAGUGCCUUCGUCUUUUAUUGAAAAGGGAACAAUUUAUAAUAAAGAAGAGCUCAGCUACCUCUGUAUUGCCAUAACAGUGUAUGCAGCAUGGGAAUACGGUGCAUGCUUGAAGAUCUGAUGUGUUUUAAGUGUAAAAAAAAAUGAAAGCAUGCUGUACAUAAGCGAAGGGUCUUCCUGUAUGGAAUCAUGCAUAUACAAGGUGUAAUCAAAAUGAGGUCGCGGUGGAAAAUGGAAUUGAUAUGUUAAUGCAUUCAGUGACGUCAGGCUGGCGAGUUAUGGAUUGUAAUGUGUUCUGUUGGCAGCUGUUGUGAUGUAAACAAAGGUGUCAAGUUGAAUUUGUUAGCAAUUUUUUUCAAAAGUGUAAUUUAAUUGUAUUCUUGGUCCAUAUCCCAUGAUGUCUGUUACAGUUUAACCAGAGCGCAGCAAUAAAAUCUGGUUCCCAAAAAUACAAAUACUUGUCAUGAUUGUUUUGUCCCAAUUCUUGUAUGGUUUUAUUGAGCAUAAUCACUCAACGGCGUGGUUGGAAUAGGCCCUGGCACAAGGAACGCAAUGGGCCAGUAUUCCCCGUGUGGU